UGUCCUCCCCGUCCUCCCUGUCCUCCCCAUCCUCCCCGUCCUCCCCGUCCUGCCGUGUCUCUCGGCGUCAUGGAGAGUCUGGAGAAGCAGCUCAUCUGUCCCAUCUGUCUGGAGAUGUUCACCAAGCCGGUGGUCAUCCUGCCCUGCCAACACAACCUCUGCCGCAAGUGUGCCAACGACGUCUUUCAGGCGUCCAAUCCCUACCUGUCGACGAGGAGCGGCUCCACAGUGACGUCCGGCGGUCGUUUCCGCUGCCCGUCCUGCCGACAUGAGGUGGUUCUGGAUCGACACGGAGUGUACGGAUUGCAGAGGAACCUGUUGGUGGAGAACAUCAUCGACAUGUACAAGCAGGGAAACAGCAGCAGACCUGUUCCAGAGGUGAAGCCAGUCCAGCCGAUGUGUGAGGAUCAUGAAGAAGAGAAGAUCAACAUCUACUGCGUCACCUGCAGCGUUCCCACCUGUUCUCUCUGUAAAGUUUUUGGAGCUCAUAAAGACUGUGAGGUCGCUCCACUGGACAGCGUCUUCCAAACACAGAAGGCGGAGCUCACUGACUGUAUCUCCAUGUUAGUUGGGAACAAUGAGAGGAUUCAGGCCAUCAUCAGUCAGCUGGAGGAAACCUGCAAAGCCGUCGAUGAGAACGGACGCAGACAGAAGUCUAAGUUGUGCGAGACGUUCGAUCACCUGUUCGCUCUGCUGGAGGAGAGGAAAGGUGAGAUGAUUCUGAGGAUCAGCUCUGAGCAGGAGGAGAAACUCGACUACAUCAGAGGUCUGAGGGGGAAGCACACCGAACACCUGGAGAACGCUGCCAAGCUGCUGGAGACCGCCAUCCAGACCCUGGACGAGUCCGAGAUGGCCGUGUUCCUGCAGACCACCAAACCUCUGCUCCAGAAGAUUGUAGAGGGCACCGACACGUCUCACCUGGAUAAAAUCCAACAUGGCUACGAGAACAUGGAACAUUUCAUUGCUAACUUCGAUCGUCAGAGGAGAGCGCUGAUGACCAUCGACUUCAUGAAACUUGAUGAAGACGAUGAUGAUGAUGAUGAUGAUGAUGAAGCAGUGGAGGUCAGAGGGACGGCAGCAGGAAAUCGACUUGAGCAGCAGCAGCAGAGCGUUGCAGGACUCUCAGCCAAUCAGCAGCCUCCUGUGUCUCCUGUUCAGCUCUCAGUUCCGCCUCCCCAGAGACCUGCAGAGGCCCCACCCACCACCACCGCGCAGCCCAAAAGCCCCGUCCCCUCAGCAACCAACCAUGCCCCGCCCCCUCUGCCACUCCCCACUGCCGGUCCCACCGCUCAGUCGAAUCAGCAGAACGAGUCGGAGGACAAAGAUGGACCCAAACACGUCUUCUCCUUCAGUUGGCUCAACCAGAAGUGAAAGCAGUGACGUCCGUCUGUGAUCCGCAGAGACACACGACCUGUUUGUCUUUAGUAAUUGACGUGAAUGGAGGGAAUUCGUUGACAGAAUUGUCCUCAUGCUGUUACACUUUCUUCAUCUCAAAGGAGCUUUUAAAGGUGUUUUUAAUGAGACGACGUCUGAAUUUUAGUUUGCUUCACCGAUGUUAA